AUAAAUAGCACUAUCACCCCCAACAUGACAUUUACAAAAACAUCCCAGACGUUUGGCCAAUGGGCAGACAGCAGAGCAAAUACAGUCUAUGGUUUGGGAUUUUCAUCUGAACAUCACCUUUCAAAAUUUGCAGAAAAAUUUCAGGAAUUCAAAGACGCUGCACGACUAGCAAAAGAAAAAUCCCAGGAAAAGAUGGAGCUAACAAGUACACCCUCUCAAGAAUCAGCUGGAGGGGAUAUUCAGUUUCCUUUAACGCCAGAAAGUAUUAAUGGGACAGAUGACGAGAGAGUGAUGGCGGAAGUGACGCAGAACUCAGAAUCAAGGGCUGAGCCAAUCCAGAGCGCAUUGCCAUUUACUCAUAGUUUGGCAAUCAGCAAACAUUGGGAGGCAGAACUGGCCACACUCAAGGGUAAUAAUGCUAAGCUCACUGCCGCCCUGUUGGAGUCCACUGCCAAUGUAAAACAAUGGAAGCAACAGCUUGCUGCAUAUCAGGAGGAAGUGGAACGUCUUCAUAAGCGAGUGACUGAGCUAGAGUGCAUGAGCAGUCAAGCCAAUGAAGUCCACACUCAUAAAACAGAAUUAAACCAGACAAUACAGGAGUUAGAUUCUACACUGAAGAAAAAAGAAGAGGAAAUAGAAAGAUUGAAACAAGAAGUCGACAGUGCCAGAGAGCUCCAGGCACAGAGGAAUUCUCUGAUCCAAAAGUUACAGGAAGUAGAAAUUCGAAACAAAGACCUGGAAGGCCAGCGGUCUGAUCUAGAGCAACGUCUGGAGAAAAGUCAGAAUGAGCAAGAAGCUUUUCGUAAUAGCUUGAAGACACUUUUAGAAAUUCUUGAUGGAAAAAUAUUUGAACUAACAGAAUUACGAGAUAAUUUGGCAAAGCUAACAGAAUGCAGCUAAA